CACAUGGUUUGGCUGCCAUUUUGUUUUUCUGCCGAAGGGAAUUUGAGGAGUUUAUUGCCGUAAAACUUCUCUUUUUCAACCCAGCCAUGUCGAAACGAAGGCUAGACGUCGCUGGAAAUAUGAACAGUGGCUUAUCUACUGCUAAAAGGAUCAAAGAAGAGCUAAGUAAUCCUUCCAAUCUUCGAGGGAAAAUCAACCCCUACAAUGGCCGCCCGUUUUCUGACCGUUACUUUGACAUACUACGCAAGAGAAUUGAACUUCCAGUCUGGGAAUACAGAGAACAAUUUAUGGAAAUUGUCAAGAAAAAUAGAGUGCUUGCUCUUGUAGGUGAAACCGGAUCAGGAAAAACCACUCAGAUUCCCCAGUGGUGUUUAGAGGUGAGGACAGACAAAACCAAGAAAGUUGCUUGUACUCAGCCCAGGAGAGUAGCAGCAAUGAGUGUAGCGCAACGUGUUGCUGAUGAGUUAGAUGUAGUGUUGGGACAAGAAGUGGGUUAUACCAUUCGUUUUGAAGAUUGUACAGGUCCCAGAACAGCAAUGAAGUACAUGACAGAUGGUAUGUUGUUACGAGAAGCCAUGACAGAUCCUUUACUAGAACGAUACAGUGUAAUACUUCUUGAUGAGGCUCAUGAGAGGACACUAGCUACAGAUAUCUUAAUGGGUCUACUAAAAGAGGUUGUAAAACAAAGACAAGAUCUCAAGAUUAUUAUCAUGAGUGCUACCCUAGAUGCUGGAAAAUUCCAGGAAUACUUUGAUAAUUGUCCACUUAUGACCAUCCCAGGAAGAACACAUCCUGUAGAAAUCUUUUAUACUCCAGAGCCUGAAAGAGAUUACUUAGAAGCCGCAAUCCGUACUGUUAUUCAAAUACACAUGUGUGAAGACAUUCCUGGGGACAUCUUGUUGUUUCUGACAGGACAAGAGGAGAUUGAAGAAGCCUGUAAAAGAAUAAAGAAAGAAAUAGAGAACCAUGGCAUUGAUGUUGGAGAACUGAAGUGUAUUCCUCUCUAUUCCACCCUUCCUCCACAACAACAGCAGCGUAUAUUCGAACCAGCACCUCCCAACAGACCUAAUGGUGCUAUAGGACGCAAGUGUGUCAUAGCUACAAACAUUGCCGAAACGUCUUUGACUAUCGAUGGUGUGGUUUUUGUGAUUGAUCCUGGAUUCUCUAAGCAAAAAGUAUACAACCCUCGUAUCAGAGUAGAGUCUCUACUAGUGUCUGCUAUAUCCAGAGCUAGUGCACAGCAGCGUGCAGGUCGUGCAGGCCGUACUCGCCCAGGAAAGUGUUUUAGACUUUACACAGAGAAGGCUUAUCAAUCAGAGAUGCCUCAAAACACAUAUCCUGAGAUCCUGAGGUCUAAUCUUGGUACUGUUGUGCUACAGUUGAAGAAGCUAGGUAUUGAUGAUCUGGUACAUUUUGAUUUUAUGGAUCCUCCAGCUCCAGAAACUUUAAUGCGUGCUCUUGAACUCCUCAACUAUCUUGGAGCAUUGGAUGAUAAUGGUGACUUGACGGAACUCGGCAACAUGAUGGCAGAGUUUCCUCUGGAUCCACAGUUAGCCAAGAUGGUUAUCGCUAGUUGUGAAUUCAACUGUUCUAAUGAAAUUCUGUCUAUUACGGCUAUGCUGUCAGUUCCUCAGGUUUUCUUGAGACCAAAUGAAGCCAAAAAGGCUUCUGAUGAGGCAAGAAUGAAAUUUGCUCACAUUGAUGGUGACCACCUGACCCUAUUGAAUGUCUAUCAUGCCUUUAAACAGAAUCAUGAUGAUGCACAGUGGUGCUAUGACAACUUCAUCCAACAGCGUUCUCUGAAAUCUGCCGACAGCAUCCGAACACAGCUGGCACGUAUAAUGGACCGUUUCAAGAUGGCACGUAAGAGUACAGACUUCAACAGCCGUGACUACUACUUGAACAUCAGGAAGGCAUUGGUGUCUGGAUUCUUCAUGCAGGUGGCACAUCUAGAAAGAUCUGGACACUACUUGACAGUCAAGGACAAUCAGGUUGUGCAGCUUCAUCCAUCAACAUGCCUGGACCACAAGCCAGAGUUUGUAUUGUACAAUGAAUUUGUAUUAACUACCAAGAACUACAUCAGAACAGUCACAGACAUCAAACCAGAGUGGCUAAUCAAGAAUGCACCAGUGUACUACGACAUGAGGAAUUUCCCAAACUGUGAAGCCAAGAGGGUUUUGGAGAGGAUAAUCGAAAAACUUCAGAGAAUAAAGUGAACAGUAGGACUUACCCAAGACCUUACAAUCAGGUCAUCUCUUUACUGGUACAUUAAUUUCUUAUUUGUCGCUUGGUUCUUGGAGCACUUUUUGGGCCAUUGAUACAGAGAACUCUAGAUAUACUGUACCAUUUUCGUGUGUUUUGGUUUCUGUUAUCAAAUCUAUGCAAGCUUUAAUUCAGAGUUGCUAUGAAGGGUAUACAUUGAGUUUCAAAAAGCAUUUCAUUGAGUACAGGUAAUUUACUUUACCUGUUAACUCUUUAUAAAGUUGAUAUAGUACAAAGAUAUCAUUUUCUCAACAUGUUCAAACAGCUUUCUGUGAUAUUUAAUCAACUUCAUAAUAAAAAUAAACUAAGGAAUAAUACUCAAGGGAAUGAUAACAUUGAAUGAUAUCCCAUAAUCUAAAUGGGUCAAAGUCUAGAGAGUUCUUUAUGAACAGGCUGGCUUUGAUUGUUACAUUUGUCUCAGCUUGCUAAGUAUUGAUACAGGACAGGAAUCCACCUCUAGCCUUUUAAGGCAAAGUUUUUCUUUCAAAAACCAUUCACUUUACUAUUUUCUGCAAAAAUAACUUGAAUUUUUCAUUGUAAAAUGUCAUACACGUACAUAUAUGCCAGAAGUGGAACAUAUGGAAACUAAGUUAUUUAUGUCUUGACUUGAUGUUUUGUUAAAAAACCUGUAAUUCUAACGAAAAAAUCUGAAAUUUGAUAAACAUAAUAAACCUCACUUCUUUGAGAAAUCAAACCAAA